AUGGCAGGCGGCGAUCGUAUCGAAGUAGGCGAACGGUGGGCGAUUGUUAAUCAAGGGAUAGUCCCAUUUUGGGGACAAGGCUCAUUUUCUUCCGAGCCCAGGGCACAUUUAGCGGUGGACGAGCCCAGGGAAGGUGUCGGUGCCGGUUGCCGCGGAGGAAGCGGUGGACAACUUGGAGUUAAAGAAGAUUCAGCGACAACCAGACAAUCGGACGGUAUUCGAAAUGAAUCCGUUAAACAACUGUGUAACUACUCAGCCGAAGUUUCUUCCAUCCGCCCAAAAUUUGCGAACGCAGGGAACAUCAACGAUGGACCAACGGCAGAUGAUCAUGCCAUUCAUGCUGAGUCAAAAUGUGAGGCCGUCCGACCCGACGCAGUGAAAAUUAGCGUUGAACUGUCUUUCAUGCAAAAGGGAAGCAGCACGGCCAUUGAGGUGCAGCAGAAGAACAGUGCUCAAGUGAAUGCCGCUCGUGAUAAUAAUGAAGCGGUUUCGCCGCUUCCUGCAGCUGCUGACGAUGUUGAGGCGGUGGAGCGACAGUACAUUAAUGCAAUGGUUAAAGGACGCCGAGUCUUCAAGGAGCUUACUGAAAAAAUCGAAGUGAUCAAUGAUUAUCUGAAUAAAAUCGAAGCGAAAAAGCCUCAGCAGUGGGAUCUUGACAACGCAACAACCGCAUGCAGGAUGAGUUCGAGCCUUCCGUUGUUUGGUGGCACACAGACUCUGCCUUGUGUCGGUAUUGGUGUCAUGUCCGGAGAUGAUCGGCGAGUUCAGGAUCGUAGCCGUACUGUUUUCACAGUUAAUGAAGUACGGGAACGGAAUCCUGUCAGUGCAAUUGUUAUGCCAGGAAGCGAAAGGGGUCGAAUUCAUGGCCUUGAGAAUAUGACCGGGCCAAAAGGCGGUGGCCAACGUAGUAAUACCGGUUUUCGGCGUGCUGACGAUGAAGGACAAACUCGUUACCGUAGUAGUAGUAAUAGUAGAAUGCAGGCUGGUCAUGAAGGAACAGGCCGGGAUCGUGCAGUGCAAGCAGGUAAGAAAAGAGAAGCCGAGGAAAGUGUCGGCGCUACGUCGAUUGCUGAGGGUUCGAAAACAGUCUGCCCUCGACGAUCUGAUGGAUCCUGGUCGAACAGAGCAUGUGGACCGCGGGCGAGGUCUCAUUCCCGUUCUCCGGUCCAAAUGGGCAGGAAUGAGCCAUGUAGUGUCACCAAAGAACACUUUAAGUAA